AUGGAGAUGAUGACUUGGGAGGAGUUCAGGACAUUGUUCUUUGAUCGCUUCUUUCCAAGGGCUAUGAGGCAUGAUAUGAGAGUGCAGUUUAUAGGUCUCUAUCAGGGCAGGAUGAGUGUCAUUGAGCAUGAGACACGCUUCACUUUUCUUUCCCGCUAUGCACCGGAGAUGGUAGCCACCGAUGAGCUCAGGGCGAAAAAGUUUCAGGAUGGGUUACAUCUUGAUAUUAGGCCACGGAUUUCAGUGUUGGAUCUGAAGACUUAUGGGGAGGUAGUACAGAAGGCUAUGUUAGUUGAGGCAGAGGACCGAGAUCAGCUUAGGAUCAAGGGUUCAUAUAAGCAGCCACGUGAAGAGGCUUCAUCAGUAUCCAUUGGGGGUCAGUGGAAGAAGGCUAAGGCCGGGGACAAUUCACGCACUCAGGAACAGUCACAGUAG